GUUCCCACUCUCUCAAUUCUCGAAUGUUUGAGACGCUUCUCGAAUCAUUCAAAACCUAAAUAUAUACCUGAAUCUCACUCUACAAAUUCUCAAAAUUUUUGUUUCAAUAUUUCAAACUUUUGUCAUUGAUUCACAAAAACCCUAUUUUGUGCACUGUGUUGUGUUUCUCUCUUUUGUUUUUGAUUUUGUUGAAUUCGUAUAAUGGCUAAAGAAGGACCUAAUUGGGAUGGAUUGCUCAAAUGGAGUAUCGCAAACUCUGAUGGAACUCGUCCAAAUCGUGAGUUAAGUGAAGAGGAUCGGAAGUGGUUUAUGGAAGCGAUGCAAGCACAAACUGUUGAUGUCGUAAAACGUAUGAAAGAGAUCACACUUGUAAUGAAGACUCCUGAGCAAGAAUUGGAAAACCAAGGGGUUACCCCUGAAGAUAUUGAAGCUAUGUUGGAUGAGUUGCAAGAUCAUGUUGAAUCGAUUGAUAUGGCCAAUGAUCUCCAUUCAAUUGGUGGCCUGGUUCCUCUUCUUAGUUACCUCAAGAACUCUCAUGCCAAUAUUCGAGCCAAGGCAGCUGAUGUUGUGACCACAAUAGUCCAAAAUAAUCCUCGAAGUCAGCAACUUGUUAUGGAAGCUAAUGGCUUUGAACCUCUUGUGUCAAAUUUCAGUUCAGAUACUGAUGUGAAUUCUCGAGCUAAAGCACUGGGCGCAAUAUCUUCACUAAUUCGACACAACAAGCCCGGCGUCACUGCAUUUCGUCUAGCAAAUGGUUAUGCAGGCUUGAGAGAUGCGCUGAACUCUGAAAAUGUUAGAUUUCAAAGGAAGGCUCUCAACUUGAUCCAUUACUUAUUGCAAGAGAACAGUUCAGACUGCAACAUUGUGAAGGAGCUAGGGUUCCCUCGUAUAAUGAUGCACCUUGCUGCCACUAGUGAAGACGUAGAUGUUCGCGAGUCUUCCCUCCGAGGCCUUCUUGAACUUGCCCGCGAUUCAAAAGAUGGCUCAGAUAUCUCUUCAGAAGAAGAUAACGAGAAAAUGAAGCAACUUCUUCAAGAACGAAUAAAUGGCAUCAGUUUAAUGUCGUCCGAGGAUCUCGAAGCAGUCAGGGAGGAAAGACUACUUGUAGACUCUCUUUGGAGUACAUGCUUUGACGAACCGUCUGCACUCCGAGAGAAAGGUCUUCUUGUGCUUCCAGGAGAAGAUGUACCUCCUCCUGAUGUUGCUAGCAAACACUUUGAGCCUCCUCUUAGAGCCUCUGCUGGGAACCCUAAUUCCAAGAAGGAUUCCAACAAUGAAAAGAAAGAGGCUCCUUUGCUUUUAGGGCCAUGACCUUAAGCUGCAGAGACUAACAAUUAAGUUAAAUUUAAGUAGAGAAGGAAAUGCUUUACCAGAUUAAGCAUAUAUGUUUUGUAAUGUUACCUUUAUCUUUUUAUUUUAAUAUAUCAUGUUACUGGACUAA